AUGAUUUCUUGCAUGAGCGUGGCAAAGAAGGUUAUGCUCAAAGAAUUUAAGAAUAAAUAUGGCCCAAAAAACGUAGUGUUGUCUCCUUUAUCAAUCAACGUGUUCCUCAAUAUGCUUGCUUCUGGCUCUUCAGGCAAAACUUUGGAGCAGUUCUUGGGCUUUCUUCGCUGCAAAGACCUCGAUGAUCUCCACUCCAAGUCUUUAACCAUGAUGUCCCUUCUUGUUGAUACGACCCAAAAUUCCCAAAACAACACCAUAGGACUUGAUUCAGUUCCCAAGAAACGACAAGGAAAACCGCCGCUCUUUAAUUGUGUUAACGCCCUUUGGGCUGACCAAGUUAAAAACGAGGUGAAUUCGUGGGUUGCGAAGGAGACAAAAGGGCUCAUCAAAAAGAUCUUGGACUCGUCGGAAGAACUUUGGCCGCCACUCUGCCUCGCAAACGCAUUGUAUUUUAAAGGAGACUGGGUAAGGAUAUUUAAGACUGCCUCCACUCGCCCUCAAGAUUUUCACCUUUUGAAUGGAGAAACUAUCAAAGUUCCUUUCAUGAGUGAAUACAAUGAGUACCACCAGUAUGGAUCAUUUGAGGAUUUCCAGCUUCUGAAACUCCCAUAUGAGAUUGGCCAAUGCACAAACAUGCAAUUCUCAAUGUACAUCUUUCUCCCUCGUGCAAAUGAUGGACUACAAGAUCUCAUCAAAAAGUUUGAUUUCAAUCCAACAUUAAUGCCGCAACCCUGGCAGUUUGGUCUUCAAGAAGUGGAACUUUUAAAGCUAAAGAUUCCGAAGAUGAAAUUCGCCUAUGGCUUUCAAGUGACAGAACUCCUGAAACCGGAAGGAUUAACAUUGCCUUUCGAUCAACUGCAUGGUGAUUUCACGAACAUGGUUGAUGCUAAUCCCGACAAUGCUUUCGUUGGUACCAUUCACCACAAGGCUUGUAUUGAAGUCAAUGAAGAAGGGAGCGAGGCUGCUGCAGUGACCUUUUAUGGUAUAAUCGGGUUUGCAAGGGGCCGGGUGCCCGUUCAGAAACCAAGUUUUGUGGCUGAUCAUCCCUUCAUGUUCAUGAUCGUCGAAGAGUUUUCUAUGCUCGCUGUUUUCGCCGGAGCAGUAUUUAAUCCCCUCUUGGAUUGA